GGGACCACGGGAUCAGUUUUUCUCCCUUUCUCCACAUAUCAGACGUCAGAGGAGGAUGAUAGUUCUGUAGCCCCACACUCAAGGACAUCUGAAAGCAGCAGAAUUUCUAAAUCUACCUUGUCAAUAACAGAGUUCAUGCUAGAUGGAAUAGCAGAACCUGGCUCUCUCCAAGACACGGCUGUUAGCUCACCUGAUGUACAGGUGAGGCAAGAGGAGAUAAAAGAACAACUGACAGAAGAAGACUUAGACAAGAGAGUGGAUAUUUAUCUCACAGAGACAGAAAAUCUCUGGAUGUUGGACUUGCCACCUGUUGUGGUGUCUGUAGAAUCAGAAGACGCUGCAAGAGUUCUGGAGCGUAAUAAGAUUUAUGUUGACAUUUGCAAAAACAGACCUGGUAACGAUCGCUUUGUAGAGAAAAUGAUGCAAACCAUUAAUGGAGCUGCAAAGAACAAGAAAGUACAAUGUGACAAAAUCAUCAUGGAAGAUAAAGGGAUAGUGGUCACUACCUGGGACUUGUACGAUUCUUUUAACACAUCACAAGUAGAACCUACCUCAAAAGCAGAAGGCAGCAGAGCCCCAGCUGAGAAGAGGAGCACCUCUGCUAUGACUAAAGACCAGGCUGCACCUGCAGCUGCUGAGAAAGGCAGCGUAACUCCUACGACCAUUUUGGAAAGUGCUGGUCUUGCCAGAGUCCAGGAGGAGGAGAAAUGCCACACAGAAGCUAUGUUAAGAUCAGAAAACUUCCAGCAGGAUUUGUUUUUCAUGGAGAGGAUUCUGAUGGAGAAUAUUUUUCAACACAAACUCGCAGCUUACCGACAGUUUCCUGUCCUUAUAGGUUAGUUUCUUACCAGCAACCCCGAGUUCAUCACAAGGCUUUAUAAACUCUUGAGAAUCAAGGAGAUAUAUCUCUCAUUGGAGGUCUUCACAGAUGACCUGCCAUUUAAGAAAUAGACAAAAAGAGUUUAUGAGACGUUAGCCUGAAUGGAGCAGCUUUAUACUCUCUGUAACAGGCAUCCCUACAACAAUUGGCAGAAGAACUGAAUUCAUGAAUUCUGAGCUGGCUCAUUUCCCUUAUUGCAGCUAACUGAGACCUACUCAAAAUAUCGAUCAGAAUUGUUUCCUGGCAGCUAAGAUACAGAUCAAGUCAGCUCUUUCUCCAAGCAUUUUUUUGCAUUGUAAUGCCUUGUUAUUAUUUUUAAAGUAAUCAACCUGGACAAAAAGUAAACAGAAGAUUUAGCCUGUUAGAUGUCCAACAAAGUGCAUCACUGAAGUCUGUAAGAGGCAUUACCUGGGCUCAAGAGCUAAGUAGUACUGUACCUUUUACAGGAGUUUCAAUGUAUACAUAAACUAUCUGAAGAAAUCAGACUGCUUUUACUGUUUCAUAACUUUGGCAUAGACAGUUGUGAAAGAACUUGAAAUGUCAUGAACAUAACUGGUAUCUUCUCUGUCCCUAUUGCCAUCUUUUA